UUAUUGGAAAUUCAUUAAAUAUCAAAGAUAAUAUCUGCUCAAGCUUUUUUUUCGCUGAAUUAAAAUUCAGUUACAUGUAAAUUAGGGAUUUUCAUGCGCGUUUUUGAACCAGUUGUAGUGGUUCAUGUCUCUGACACUUUUGCCCACUGAGACCCAACCUAGGGUUUUGGUUUGUAUGAAUGCACAUUCUAGCUUUUGUACUUGUUCUGUAACCCUAAGUAGUGAAAAACUUGAGUACGUUUUGCAACGAUGCUCUGCAUGUUGGCGAAAAUUAAGAUAUGAUUUCAAAUUAGUAGUAGUAUCAAGAAAUUUGGUGAGAUCAUCACAAUUAAGAAGAUCAAUGAUGAGAUGCCAAAAGUGUGGAAACAAAGCCAAGAAGAACUGUGUCUACAGGAGGUGCAGGAUUUGUUGUACAAGCCAAGGGUUUCAGUGCCAAACCCACAUCAGGAGCACUUGGAUCCCUGCCUCAAAGCGCCCAAGAGAUCAUACUAUUCAACAAUACCAACAACUAGUCCAACCACUAAACCUUAAAAGAUACAGAGAGAUCAAUCCCUCCUCAGCAGCUGAAAGGAUGACAAAUGAUGCUGAAUCUAUUCAUAAAAUUAAGGAUGAUGACAGUGGUCCUUUCCUGAAAAGGCUUAAACAGGAUCCAAAACCUGCUGGUUUGAAUAAGAUGAGAAUGACUGCCCGCACUUACAAGGCUUUAUUUAAGCCACAACGAAGAAGGGAUACUUUUCAAGAUGCUGCUUCUCCACCAUCAUCUGGGAGCAAAAGGCACAAUAAUGUUGAAACCUGCGUGGCAUGUUCUAAAAGGAAAAGGUUAGAAUGUGAUUCACCAAAGCAAGAAGUUUGUUCUUGCAAUGCGACAUUAAACAAGGACCCACGUGGGACGUCUAUUCCUAAGUGUUUGAUCUCAUCUUCAUCCCUCAAAGAUAAAAUUGUUAGGGAGGAAUCGCUUGUGCCACCCACCCCCAUAUGUGGCAACAAGGAAGAAGAGGAAAUGUUCUUGUACCGUACAAAGAAUCUCAAGGGAUCAGAUUCUUCAAAAAGUUCAAUAGUGGUAGCUCAAGAUGUUACAAAAGAGCUGUUAUAUUCAAGGGUGUCAGACCAAGACUUGAAACUGGCGGUUGAAAAUGGACCAGAGAACCAAGAAUUUGCUGAUGAACAGGAACACUCACCAAACCAUACAGUGACAGAUAAAGAUCUCCCCAAAAGUAUCAAACGUGUUCAGAUAAAAUGUGAAAAGCUGAUGAUGAAGCUCCUUCUAAAACAAAAGGAGGAAAGUGAGGAGUUCUCCAUAGUUUGGGAGGGAAAGAAGAUACAGCUGGAGAAACAGCACAGGAUAGAUUCAGCUCUUCUUCGCUCUAUAUACUCUUGUAUUCCAGUGAGAACAGAUAAGCUCAAAAUAUUAGAUAUGGAGUUUGCAAAGAAAUUGGAAAAUUUUAAAUGCGAGAAGGACAAAUGCCUUGAAGAUCUUCAGGCACAUCAAUUGGCUGAAAGGAAUGAGGAGAGGAAGAAGGCUGGGGCUCGUUGGUUGGCAGCAAUUAAGCCAUUGGCACAAGUUGACUUAGUUGGUGAGCUGCGUUCCAAUUCAUUAGGCAGUUCUGGUGACGGUUCUGAUAAUCUGGUCUCUGUGGAUAUGCUUUCUGAAGAACAAAUCCCUAAUGGAGCUCCGUCAAGCAUCCCAGAUCAGGAGGUUCCUUUAGAAAUGCCUGGAACUGCUCUUAGUGAAAUGGUGCGCUCUGCUGACUCCAUAAAAAUGGGAACUUCUGUAGAAUCCAAUGGAGAGAAUGAUACAAGACAUGAAACAGAUCUUAUACCAAAUGUUAAGGGAAAUGAGAAUGAUGCAAUUGGUUGCUCCACUGACAGUGAUUCGCAUUUUAAUGGGUUUUUUUUGGAAUCCGAUCGAGAGAACGAUAGAAGAAAUGACUCAAAUAUUAUACCCAGUGCUACCAGAUACCCUAAUGAGGCAGCUGGUAGCCCCAUCAAUGGUGAUUUACUCUCUGUGGAGCUAUCUUCGGUCAAAUCAACUUUGGUGCAGCCAGUCAUUACUCCAGUUCAAGGUGGCCAGUUGCCACAGGAUCUGGCUCUCAGGGAUGAAGGUUCUCAAUUAUCAACAUCUACUGGAAAGCGAAAUGGGGAUGCCCCAGCCAGUGGAAAUAAUGAUAUUGUGCAGCAUGUUGAAAUUCCAUUGUUGUGUCAAACUGACAAUGGAUUAACCAUUCAAAAUACUAACGAAGAACCACUAAAUGAGCCUGUUGCAGAACUGCAGCAAUCACCAUCUAACCAUUUAUCUAUUGGUUGUGGUCAACCUGAUGUACUUCAGGUUCAUGGGGUUGAACAUCACAUUUGUUCUGAAGGACACACCUCUGCCCAAAAUGCUGAGGCUCCUUCAGAACUGGUUGAGGACCCAGCAGAGGUUUCAAAUCAUGCUCUCCGGGAAGAAGGUUUUCAAUUAUUGACAUGUACUGGAAAGCGAGAUGGGGAUGCCCCAGCUGGUGGAAAUAAGGAUAUUGUGCAGCAAGUGGAGAUUCCGUCGUUGUAUCAAGCUGAUGAUGGAUUAACCGUUCAAAAUACUAACGAAGCACCAAUAAAUGAGCCUGUUGCAGAACUGCAGCCAUCAUCAUCUAACCAUUUAUCUAUUGGUUGCGGUCAACCUGAUUUACUUGAGGUUCAUGGGGUUGAACAGCAGACUCGUGCUGAAGGACACACUUCUGUCCCAAAUGCCAAGGCUCCUUCACAACUGGUUGAGGACCCAGUGGAAGUUUCAAAUCAUGCUGUUUUGCGACCUGGGGCAACUCUAGAAUUGCAUCCCCCGAUAAAUGCUACAAAUUUACCUCUUGGCCUUAAUCAACUUGAUGUAAGUUUAGCCAGUAGAAUCGAUGAUCAACCAAGCAGUGAAGGGUGUACCCAAUCUACUGAGGGCCCACUGCAUUUAGUUGAGCAUACAUCAGAACUUCCAAACCAAGCUUUUCUGCAGCCGUGUGCAAGUUUGGAACUGCAUGCUCCAAUUGAUACUCCUGUUAGUGGAUUUGUAAGACAUCUGCCAGUACAUAUUGCAUCCCAAGUAGCGUCGGGGGUUCCAAGUCUACCAUUGUAUGCUGAUCCACUUCAAAACGAAUUGCAAAGGCUAUGUAAAGAGAAGGAACAAGCUAUCAAAGUCCAUGAAGAUAUGAAGCUGCAACUGAGAUCCAUCUGCGACAAGGAGAUAGAGGAAAUUAAUGCUCAAAUUCGUAGGAAGUAUGAGGCUAAGCUUCAGGAUGCUGAGGCUGCAUUUCUGCUAAAAAAGAAGGAACUUGAUAGAAAUCAUGAUAAAGUUCUCAUGAACAAGAUAUUUGCUGAGGCUUUCAGAUGUACUCUGGAAAUGCAUCGAGUUGUGCCUUCCAGUUUCGUGCAGGAGCUGCAUCAGUUAUCAUCACAACCUGCUGCAUCGAGACCUUCUCAUGUCACUGGUUCAUCUUUGGUUGGCCCACCUGCAACCAGCCAGAAUACUACAGUGCCACCUCUACAGGUUGUUCACCAUCCCUCGGCACUUUUCUCGAGCACUCCAAGCAGACCCCCAAAUAUCAGCUCCAUUCGUCCUCCCACAGGAAAUCACCAAAUCGGUCAAAUUCGUUCUCCAGCGCCACACCUUCAACCUUUUAGACCGUCAACCCACAUUGCAUUUGGGAUGCCGAGUCAGCAUGUACUAAGUGGUCCGCCUGCAACUUCCCUUCCUGCUCACCCACUUCCUCCCCAACCAUCUCCACCAUCAUAUCAUUCUGCCCCUUAUAGGCCUCCUCGACCUGAACCUGAAAUUGUAGGCGGGAUUGGUAACCAUCUAUCUGCGCUGGAGUUGCUUAUGGAGUUUGAUAAUCGACCUGCUGCAUGUUUGCCUAACUUUUUGCCUCCGCUAUAGGAUUUGGAGGGCUCAGACUUUGAUUUUUUUUUUUUUUUUUU